CAGACUCUGCUCUAUAAAAAUGUCAUUCCCUUCAGACUGUACUCACUGCAACAGCAGCUUGCAGUGAGAAGAAAUCUGAGUCAGCAUCUGUUAGACGUCCUUCUUCACCACAGCAGGUAAAGUACAAGGAAAUAACCUCAGGGAUAAACAGGCUGUGUAGGAAACAACAAUGAAGAUGUCCAACCGGUGGUGGAUCACUGUGACUCUGGUCUUCUCUCUGCCUGCUCUGAGAUCAGCUGCUCCGGAUCAGAACAGACUCCCAGGACUGAUACAAGAAAUAAGGAGAAUGAAGAAUGGGUUCAACAUAAACACUAUGUACAGUGUGGCUCUGAGCCUUCCAGUGAACCACUGGUAUGAUCUCAGCGGUGUGACGAAGCCUACAGCACAAGAAGGACAAGGGAUUAAAAAUGGUGAAGUUUUUCGCAACAGCAGACUUUCUAUGGCCACAGUACUGACAACAACUCGACCACCUACACAUGCAGAGUGGCGUGUCCUGAACAACUUACAUCUCCAGAGCAACGACGGUGAUUUGUUUGUCAUCUUCGCUCACGCCUCUCCAUGUGACGCAAACUGUGCAAACCCAGGGAGUCCUAGAAAUAUCAUUGAUUUGAUUAAUAAUGUCAUUAAUAGGGGGGCGUGGAGGGAUAAAGCAUUUGUGUUUGAAAACAUAUUUACACCUAGAGGCCAGCAAAUUGCUGACAAAAACAAAUUAAAACAGGCUCUUAGAGACCUCGGGACAUCAUCUAUUGGUCUUGCAAACAUAUUUCGCUGUUUCCAGUCAAAACGAACACGGCGUUUCCGUUGCACCAGCUGUGCGACUGGUGGUGAUGUUACAGAUGACUGUGUUAAUUACAAUGCAUAAACUCAUCAUCAUCUAAUUCGCUUAACUCUGCUCUCUGCUGAUUUAAACCUGACUAAUGAAGAAUGACUCAGAAACUAAAUGUACCUUCUUUUGUUAAUUAAUACAAACCAGAAAACUCAUCCUUCUGAACUUUAUAGCUAAUGUAUUGAUGUUUAGGAUAAGGCUAAAGUUAAGGCUAAAGAGACUCGUUUCUCUGAGGUGUUUUAUCCCAGUUAACUGAAUGACAUGUGGCUCCAGUUUGAAUGUGGAUGAGUUCAGAUAUUUGUUGAUCAUUUGCUCCUAAGCUUCUUUGCUUCACCGUCAAUAAAUAAAGCUAUUUUUAAAAGUU